UAUUUUUGCAGCCGAACCGAUUCACAUCUAGCAUGUUAAUUGGAUAAAUAUAUUUGGAAAUCUGGAGAAGCAGGGUGAAACGCUUGUAUGUUUCCAGCUGUCAUUUUCCUUUAAGAUGAUGUAAGGCUCAUCUCCCUAAGAAUGGUCUCCCUCCCCCGUCCAAAGCCUCUCUCAGCACGCUGCAUUCAUUCGCACUACGCUGCUGAUGCUCAGGAGAGUCAGGAUGCACAAACUUCCUAGCGCACCCUCCUUUUCAACUACAGAUCCUUUUACUGAAAUGCUGGGUGGGUGCCAGGUACAUGAAGACUAACUGUUCUGGACAGACGAGAUUUCGUGAAGGAGAACCACUCUUCUGAAGGUUGUGUGAAGUUGAAGCUGGUGCAGUUUUUCAUUUUUUAUAAGCAGAACUUAUUUUUGGAUUUUGUAGCUGGAUGAUAGCUACAUGAGCUGCACAAUUGGGUCCCUUGGCGUGCAACGCACCGAAAUGGCCCUGACUGAGAAUUGCAGGACUUAUCAGACGCCCAAGGACAGUGGAUGUGCUCAGAGUUGCUCCUCUGAUGUGGUGGAGCUCAAUGUAGGUGGACAGGUGUACUACACUCGCCAUGCCACCCUCACCAGCGUGCCAAACUCACUGCUGGGGAAAUUAUUCUCAGCUAAAAAGGACGUUUCCAACGACCUCGCGCAGGACAUCAAGGGUCGCUACUUCAUCGACAGGGACGGAUUUCUCUUUCGAUAUGUGUUGGACUAUCUCCGCGAUAAGAGCGUCGUCCUGCCGGAUUAUUUUCCCGAGAAAGGGAGGCUCAAACGCGAGGCUGAGUUCUUCCAGCUGCCUGAGCUCGUCAAAAUCCUGACAGCAGAUGAAAACAUCCACGGUGACUUUGACGAAGCAUCCCAGGGAAGCGAUCAGAGGUUGUUCCCCGCGUCUUACCUGGACGCGCGCGAUAGGCGCUACGGCUUCAUCACGGUGGGAUACAGGAGCCCAUGCGCCUUCGGGAGGGACACGGAUGCCAAAACUCGCGGACUACCCAAAAUCUUCAUCUGCGGAAGGGUGGGUCUGGCCAAAGAAGUUUUUGGGGACACCCUAAACGAGAGCCGGGACCCCGACAGGCCAGCCGAGCGCUACACCUCUCAGUUUUACCUGAAGUUUCGCCACCUGGAGCGCGCGUUUGAUAUGCUCGCGGAGAGCGGCUUCCACGUCGUGGCGUGCAAUUCAUCGCUCACCGCUUCUCCGCACAACAGACAUACCGAUGACAAAUACUGGUCCAAUAACGCAGAGUAUGUCUUCUACCGUGGCCCAUCUGGAUGGUCUUCUUCUCACUGCGACUGCUGCUGCAAGAGCCACAAGAGCGAGCGCGAGGGUGAGAGCGGAACUUCCUUCAACGAGCUCUCCACUUCCUGUUCCGAGACCCAAUCGGAAGCCAGCUCUCCGCAGGAAACGGUCAUUGUGCGUCCCGUCUCCCGCCAGCACAACAUCCAGACUCUGGACCGGCCGGUGAAGAAGGGUCCGACCCCGAUUCCCAGGAGGACUGAUCUGCUCCGCGUUCGAACUGCCGGGCCACGUGAUGCCAUGACGGGGAAGAGGAAGCCUGCCAAAGAGAAGAUGACGCCGGAGCAGGAGCUGGAGAAAUGCAUCCAGGACUUCCGGCGGAUUAAAAUUCCAGAGCGCUUUCCGGAGAGGAAGUACAUGUGGCAGUCGGAGCUCUUGAAAAAAUAUCGUCUCUGAAAUGAUUUCCUGCAGGCUCGCCGAGCCUAUUAGCACAACACAACAGAGCUCUCAGCGCAUACGAUGACAUAAUUCUUCUUUGCUUAGGCUUAAUUGGCUCGUCUGUGUAAUCAUGUGGCAAGAUGCACAAUUAACAAUUCCCGUGAACCUCAAGUGACUCCUAAAGGGACCGGUCCUGUUUGGCACAAUGACAUUAAAGUCUAAACCAAUUUCACGGCGUCUAGACGAAUCUCUCAAAUAAAAAACAGAUUGUAUAUAUACACAAUAAUCACAAGUGUGUAUUACCUGGUGAUGCUCAAAGUCGGUGCGCGGACUGCACAGCACUUUUGUACGGCGUUCCUCCUGUAAAUGCAAUGCACAUAUGAGAACUGCAUACUGGUACUGUGUUUAACUGAUGGAGAGUUUUAAAGAGUAGUUCACUUAGAAAUGAAAAUUUGCUGAAAAUGUAUUCUCAGGCCAUCCAAGAUGUAGAUGAGUUUGUUUCUUCAUCAGAUUUGGAGAAAUGUAGCAUUGCAUCACAUGCUCACCAAUGGAUGCUCUGUAGUGAA